ACGCGCACUGUGGCAGCCAGCCGCUGUGCUGUUCCCGCACAGAGUCCCCAAGAAGACGCUCCUCCUGUAAAGCAAACAUUUGAAUUCACCAAAGCAUUUUGUCUAAAGGUGAAUUCGCUGCAAGAGCACCCUAACGCUUAUUUUGGUCCGGAAGCGGUGAAGAUCUGUGUUUUUAUUAGUAUUUAGGUAUUUUUUGUGGAAAUGUCGCCAGCAGCGCGAGAGUAGGGCUGGUGUAAUCGCCUGGUGGUGGCUGCAUGGCUCUUCCAGUGAUGCCACGAAAAUCAGAGCAGCGGAGUGGCUGAGGGAGACCGCUGCUCAUCGUUGGAUCACAGCGGCGGCGGUGAGCGAUGGAUACGGAUGGACAGACCCACAUUAGGUAGCGUUUACGAGGAUCCAGGGAGAGCAGAACAUCUCUGUCGCGUAGUGUAGUUGCCUCCGGAGCUGUGGAAAGGAUGGAUUUCAGCCUGCUCCGGAAUAUCAUCAGCAGAUACUGUGUGGGGGAGGAGAACUGGGAAGACAGUCGGACGGUGUACAUCGGGCAUAAAGAACCCCCUCCGGGAGCUGAAGCCUACAUCCCCCAGCGUUACCCCGACAACCACAUAGUCUCCUCCAAGUACACCUUUUGGAACUUCAUCCCCAAGAAUCUGUUUGAGCAGUUCAGAAGGAUCGCUAACUUCUAUUUCUUGGUCAUAUUUUUAGUCCAACUUAUCAUCGACACCCCCACCAGCCCAAUCACCAGCGGCUUGCCCCUCUUCUUUGUUAUCACUGUCACCGCCAUAAAACAGGGCUACGAGGACUGGCUCAGACACAAAGCCGACUGCUCCAUAAACGAGUGUCCGGUGGAUGUGGUGCAGCAGGGGAAGGUGGUGCGGACGCAGAGUCACAAACUACGGGUGGGGGACAUUGUUGUGGUAAGAGAGGACGAGACUUUUCCCUGUGACCUCAUCUUUCUCUCGUCCAGCCGAUAUGACGGCAUCUGCUACGUCACGACCACCAGCCUCGACGGGGAGUCGAGUCACAAGACCUAUUAUGCUGUACCAGAUACCAUGGCCUUUAGAACGGAGCAGGAGGUGGAUUCUCUACACGCCACUAUUGAAUGUGAACAACCUCAGCCUGACCUCUACAAAUUUGUGGGACGCAUCAACAUUUACAAGGACAAAGAGGAGCCGAUCUCUAGAACACUCGGAGCUGAGAACUUACUUCUUAGAGGAGCCACACUGAAGAACACACAACACAUUUAUGCUGUGGCCGUCUACACUGGUAUGGACACAAAGAUGGCACUUAAUUACCAAUCAAAGUCCCAGAAGCGCUCUGCUGUUGAGAAGUCCAUGAACGCCUUUCUGAUCGUGUACUUGUGCAUCUUGAUCAGUAAAGCUGUGAUCAACACUGUCCUGAAAUACGCCUGGCAGUGGUCUCCUGACAGAGACGAACCCUGGUACAACCACAGAACGGAGAUCGAGCGCCAACGCCACGUGGUGAUUCGAGCCUUUACAGACUUCCUCGCCUUCAUGGUUUUGUUCAAUUACAUCAUCCCAGUGUCCAUGUACGUCACAGUGGAGAUGCAGAAGUUCCUCGGAUCUUACUUCAUCACCUGGGAUGAGGAAAUGUUCGACGAAGAGCUGGGGCAGGGAGCUCAGGUGAACACGUCUGACCUAAACGAAGAGCUGGGGCAGGUGGAGUACGUGUUCACUGAUAAGACCGGCACUCUGACUGAGAACAACAUGGAGUUUAUCGAGUGCUGCGUUGAUGGUAACGUCUACAUCCCACAUGCAAUCUGCAAUGGCCAAAUCCUCAGCGCUGCCUCCAGCAUCGACAUGAUCGACUCCUCACCUGGAGGAUACAGAAGGGAGUAUGAGGAUCUGUUCUUCCGGGCGCUGUGUCUGUGUCACACCGUGCAAGUGAAGGAGGAGGAGACGGUGGACGGCAUCAAGAGGGGCAUCCACCAGGGCAGGCCCACCUCCUUCUACAUCUCCUCCUCACCAGAUGAAGUAGCUCUGGUGGAAGGAAUGAAACGGCUGGGCUACACCUACCUGAGGCUGAAGGACAACUACAUGGAGAUCCUCAACAAAGACGACGAGAUCGAAAGGUUUGAGCUUCUCCACGUGCUGAACUUCGACUCUGUCAGGAGGAGGAUGAGCGUCAUCGUCAAGUCAAGUUCAGGAGAGUACCUGCUGUUCUGCAAAGGUGCAGACUCAUCUAUUUUUCCUCGAGUGGUCUCUGGAAAGGUGGAGCAAGUUAAAGCCCGGGUGGAGCAGAAUGCUGUAGAGGGUCUGCGGACCUUGUGUGUCGCCUAUCGGAGGUUGUCCGCAUCUGAAUAUCAGGUAGCGUGUCGUCACCUAACGGAAGCCAAGCUGGCCCUGCAGGACAGGGAGCAGAGACUGGCGCAGGCUUAUGACAUCAUUGAGAGGGAUUUAGUCCUUCUGGGUGCUACAGCGGUAGAGGACAGGCUCCAAGAGAAAGCUGCAGACACCAUCGAGUCGCUGCACAAGGCCGGGAUCAAAGUCUGGGUCCUCACGGGGGACAAAAUGGAAACGGCUGCCGCUACUUGCUACGCCAGCAAGCUGUUUCGCCGCAGCACGCAGAUCCUGGAGCUGACCAAGAAACGCACGGAGGAGCAGAGUCUGCAUGACGUUCUGUUUGAGCUGAACAGGACGGUUCUCAGACAAUGCUCCAUCUCUGGUUUGUCAGUCGACUGCCUCGACUUUGGACUGAUCAUCGAUGGGGCCACCCUAUCUGCAAUAUUAAAGUCAAACCAGGAGGGCGGUGGUCACGGCAACUACAGAGAGGUGUUUCUAGAAAUCUGUCGCAACUGUAGCGCUGUCCUCUGCUGUCGCAUGGCACCGCUGCAGAAAGCACAGAUUGUGAAGCUAAUCAAAGCUUCAAAAGAGCACCCCAUUACUCUGGCUAUUGGUGACGGAGCUAAUGAUGUUAGCAUGAUCCUGGAGGCUCAUGUGGGCAUCGGCAUCAUGGGUAAAGAAGGCCGACAGGCGGCCAGAAACAGCGACUACGCCAUUCCAAAGUUCAAACACCUGAAGAAGAUGCUGCUGGUCCACGGCCACUACUACUACAUCCGAAUUGCUGAGCUGGUUCAGUACUUCUUCUACAAGAACGUUUGCUUCAUCUUCCCUCAGUUCCUGUAUCAGUUCUUCUGUGGGUUCUCCCAGCAGCCUCUGUACGACACUGCGUAUUUAACGCUGUACAACAUCAGCUUCACCUCGCUGCCCAUCCUCCUCUACAGCCUGGUUGAGCAGCACGUCACCAUGGAGACCUUAAAGAGGGAACCCUCUUUGUACAGAGACAUUGCCAAGAACUCUCUCCUCCGCUGGCCUGUCUUCCUGUACUGGACAUGCCUGGGUGUGUUUGACGCCGUUAUCUUCUUCUUCGGUGCCUACUUCCUGUUUGACAACACCACCUUCACCAGCAAUGGCCAGCUUAUGACCACCAACACACAGAUGAUGUUUGGGAACUGGACGUUUGGGUCGCUCGUCUUUACCGUUCUGGUGUUCACCGUAACACUCAAGCUUGCUCUAGACACCCACCACUGGACUUGGAUCAAUCACUUUGUCAUCUGGGGCUCGCUGCUUUUCUAUGUUAUUUUCUCUCUCCUCUGGGGCGGCAUUAUUUGGCCCUUCCUGAACUACCAGAGGAUGUACUACGUGUUCAUGCAGAUGCUGUCCAGUGGCCCGGCGUGGCUCAGCAUCAUCCUCCUCAUCACUGUCAGCUUGCUGCCAGAUGUCAUCAAGAAGGUCCUUUGCAGGACCGUUUGUCCCACAGCGACUGACCGUGCACAGGAAAAGUUGUUGUCAGGCGGCGUGGCCGAGUUGACUCCUCUGUCCUUUCGUCGUCGACCCUACAAAGGCAGAAGCACGGAUGCCUCUCGCCUCCGCCUUGGCGCUGCAGAAACGCUGUCCCUCAGCAGAUCCAGUCCUCUUCCCCAGAAACUCCUGGCCCACUUCACAGAGGAAGGUGGAGCUAAUCCUCUCAGCCCUUACAUGCUUCGUCUCUCAGGGGCGGGAUUUGCCUCCUACGCUCCGGGACCGGAGACCUCUGUGUGAACCUACAAGAAUCCAAAAAAAGUUGUGACAUCCCAAGAUGUUUGACGGGUUUCAUAGACCAAAACAAACCUGUUCACACAUACCAGAAGCACUGGCACCCCAUGGUUAAUUCAUGUCCAUUUUCUGGGCUGCACCGGAGUGGACUACCUCUUUUUAAAGGUGUUGCCCUUUCUCCUCAUUCUCAUAACUUUACGUUUCUUUAUCACCUCACUUUAAAGUUCCUGCUGAAACUCACACUCGGAACAUUCUGAAAGGGGACGAUGUUAUUGCUCUGCAGAAAUGUCUUCAACCCUUUCUUUCACUCUCGUGUAAUUUCGUCUCCUUGUCCAUUUUCAUGUCGUUUGUUUUUGCUUCUUUGCAAAUAUUUGUGAAAAACCUUUAUGUAUAUUAUGUGGUCUGGCCAAGUAAGGAUGGGUAGCCGUCAAGCUCAUCCCUUUAGGUGUGUGUGCGUGCGUGUGUGCAUGCAUGAGUAUGCAUGUAAUUGCCUGUCAUUUGUAUGUUUGUAUGUGACACACGUAUGCCUUAUAGGUGCAGGCUAGGAGAUAAAGAUUAAAGGUAUAAAAGAUAAAUAAAUUGGUAUAUUAUGAAGCCUUACUUACACACACUCAUCAGCUGAAGAGGAGACAGACUCAAAGAGGAAGUGCAGUAUUUUUGCCACACUGCCUUAAUUCAUAUCAACACAUUUUCUGUAGAUCGACUUAUGGGAGUACAAGGGGGUUCACAGAGCAACAUAUCAGUAAAUGUAUCUAUUGUCCCACUUUUAGGUUGUUUUACCCUUACUGUGGUGUCAAACGUUAGUAUUUUUAUUGUCUGUCGCAUGUUGGAUCGUCUGCAUGCUGAACUAAUCCUCCUUACCGUCAUGCAUCCCAGGCUGGGUCCAUCAGAAAACAUCUCAAAGCACUUUUUCUUUCUCCUGAUCAGUGAGCACAGCGCGCUCUCCACUGCCACCGUGUGGCCGUUCAGGGCAAGCGCUUGGAAAGAUGGAGGGGACGUCCUAAAUGGCUUUGCUACCCCUCACAGUUGCUGUGUGCUUGUGUAUUGGCUGCCAUGUUGUGUGUCACACAGAUGUUCACGUCAGAAUAUGAUGUGAUGAAGUUGUUGGGGUUUUUUUGUCUGUGUUGCGUUACCAUACGCUGUUCUAAAGAGGAGGGAGACUUGAAUUGGCGACGUCACAAUCAAAUCAUUGAGAAUGUUGAAUCUAUUUCUCCAUCAUGUCCUCCAGCUGAAGAUUGUAGCUCACAAUGGACGAACCUCUUUUCUGCAUUUUGAACAGAAAGCCCUUUCCUUUGGUCCAAAGCGUACCUGUCUGGUUAAUGUAGGAAGUUUCUGACUCUGGAAGUCUUGAAUGUGACAUUCUGAAGCAUUUUUUAUAUGUUUAUACAGUUUAUUUUCAUACACAUCACCAUCUGCCAACUUGUAUAGAUUUGAUAACGGGUGUUUUUCCUACCUGGGCACAGGUGAUUUAUUUGUCUUGUUUCCUCUUGAGAAUCUCACCUGGGUCGGGUUAAAGGACAGGCCCUGGUGUUUACAUUUGCCACCUCACUGCGCUGUUGCCAUACUUCAUCCAGACAUGCUCUACAUACCAGCCCUGCUGUCAGUUACUGCUGUAAUGUUUCAUUUUCAUGACUCGAUGCUUUAAACACCUUAUAUUUAGUAUAUUUCACUCUUUCCUUGUCCGUUGUGAAUAUUCCUUCCUCUAGUUUUGUAUCUCAGAGAGAAGAAUUCUAUUUUAACGCCGUUACAAUGUGUGUUGAAGUUUGUAACCAAAAUGGGAAUACAAUAUAAAUGAUACGGUUCGGUAGCUAGUCCUACACACUGCACUUUGUUUUAAAAUGAAUCCGUUUCACCCCCUAAAGCAAGGUCUAUGUCAGCUGGAGUUAUAGUUUACUUUUCCUCACAAGUUAUUUUUCUAAGAAGAUUGUUUAGGUGGUGAAAAAAACCAAGUGACCAAAUGACUGGAGAGGGAAGGAAGUGUCUUGUCUCAGUGGGUUUAUCACACCAGCCUUCUACUGCAGAUCAGAAUGUCAAAAUGCUUUUUUUCUUCUUCUUCUAAAUCCAUCAGCACAACAGCAGGUGCUCAUCCUGUUCCUCCUGGGCUCGGCACAGGUCUGAAAUGUCUGCUCUGGGCAGCACUCUUCAUGUAUUACCUUCAGAAUGGCGCUGUUUGUAUUUCUAAACUGUUUUUGACAAAUUCUCUUUUUUUUCCCCUCAUUUUUUUGGGAUAAGGUUUUUUAAAAAGUUCACUUAUUGACUUUUUUGCCAGCCUGUCUGUAGCAAAUGAGGACAAAAGCACCGUAUUGUCAUUCUGCUUGUAAUAAAGAAAGAAACAAAAAGUG